CAAGAGGUUACAGAGUUGGGGAGAAGUUUCGCGCAUCUGUUUUAAGGCUGUCCAUGCAACCGGGACGCAUUCAAUGGUCCUUAAGGUAACAUAGACAAAAGCUAGUAGUUGUAAUCAAAGUCCACUCUUUGCGGGGGAGAAGCUUGUGACUGUGUUGGGAUAUACUGGUCCAUCCUCUGAAUCACAUAACCGGACCAGUAGGCUACGGUUGCGGGUCCCGUCGCCGUCCGUCGUGCGGAGUUCUCCAGAGAGCUUCAUACGGCUCACGGCUCAUUGUGGACAACAGUUUUGUGGUCUGGAUGUUUGUGACACUGGGAAAGAAAAGUCUGCUACUUGGAUCAAUUCAGGAUUAAUCGGGACAAGAUGAUCGUGUUUGUGAUUUGCACAAUUCUUCUGAUCAAAGCAGGUGUGGGCGAGGCGUGCGCCAGCGGGCGGCUCACAGAGUCAGGGCAGUGCUGUAGCUCCUGUCCCCCGGGGUCGGAGGUCCAGCAGCCCUGUGGGAAGGAAGACACAACGUGUGCACCGUGCCAGAAGGGAAGCUUCUCCUCGUCAGAUGGCCUGGAGCCCUGCCUGCCCUGCGCCCGCUGUAUGACCGGCAUCUCUCAGCUGGCCCCCUGCUCGGCCAUUCAGGACACACACUGUGACUGCCAGGAAGGCUUCUACCUGUGGCGCCACGGCAGGGAGGGUCUGUGUGCACCGUGCUCCAUGUGUGACCGUGGCAGGAGGGUGAACAGAACCUGUAACCCCAUGUCCGACACGCAGUGCCUGGACUGUCUGCCUGGAAGCUUCUCAGAGGAGCGCAGCCUCACCAAGGCCUGUCAUACGUGCACCAAAUGCCUGGAAGGCGAGGUGGAGAUCCGAGCCUGCCAGCCUAACUCUGACACGCUCUGCAUGGACAAGAAGCUGCUCAUUCUGUCCCGUCCCUCCGCCUCCGACAGUGCUAUCGACGGCACCCGCUGGCCAGUGAUGGAUGAAGGGAGGGCAGGGGAGAAAGGGGUUGCCACAGAGACCCCCGACUACAACCCACAGGGCGAGUACGGCAGGAGCAACAUCGUCAUCUAUGUGUCUGUCCUGGCUGCUGUGGUGCUGGGUCUGCUUCUGUACGUUGCUUACAAAUGCUGGACAUCUUGUAAACAGAAGAAAGCCCUGUCUAAGGCGCGAGCGGCAGAGCUGGGAGUCUCACCCGAGGGGGAAAAGCUCCACAGUGAUAGUGGUGUGUUCCUGGACUCCCAAAGUCUCCAGGACACUCAGCCCACCAAAGGCAGUAAAAGGGACAGUAAGAACGACAGCCGCCUCUACAUCAACCUGCCGGUCCACAGGAGGGAGGAGGUGGAGCGGCUCCUCCAGGAGGGCCGGGGGUGGAGGCCGCUGGGCGCCGCGCUGGGCUACGAGCCCGAGCAGCUGGACCUGUUCGGGCGGGGCGAGGCACCGUCCCGCACGCUGCUCUCCAACUGGGGCCAGCAGGAGGGCUCCUACUUGGGGGUGCUGUGCUCGGCGCUGGUGCGCAUCGACAGGCCCGACCUGGUCGCCGUUCUGAACAGCCCGACGCAGGGUGCUUCUGUGGUGUGAGGCCCUGGGCCCCUGGUGAUAGGAGAGUGAGCAGGACAACACCUCACACUUCAUGGGAAUAAAAGGGGAGGCCCUCCGAUACGACACCUCUGUGAUAUUCACACGUUAUCAGGGCUCCUUGCUGGGACACUUGUUAUUUAGUGGGUUAUUUUUUUAAAGAGGGUUCCUGUGGCAACUCUCCAUGCCGGCGCCGCCGCCACCUCCACCCCCCGCCACUUAAAGAGAAAUGGUAGUAGCUCUCUUCUUGGUGGUAAGGCGGAUUAUCAGUCUAUGUCAGGGGUCAGCAACCUUUUCAACAUGCAGUGCCAGUUUGACGUUUUCUCAUUAAUGACUGCUCCUUAAUCAACAAUAUAUAAGAAAUUAAGCUGAAUUAUGACACAGCGACCAAAAACAUUUCCAGAAGACUUGGAAUUGUACUAUUUCCAUAUAGUCCACAAUCAUGCAUCAACAUUUUAAAUGUUUUUUUGGUUGUUAUAUUUGCAACAUGGGCUUACAAAUUAUAAUUACAUAUGUCCCAUCUUAAAACACAAUUUUCAGAAACUCAUUCGAAAACAUAUUUGCACUGUGAGAAAUGUAAAAAACGAGAAUAUAUGAGAAUGUUGGAACCAUCCACAUCAAUAUCUUUAGGACAUGUACAGCUUUGCAAAACCAUGUGAAGGCGAUGCAUACAGGCCACUUGCAACAAUAUUUUAAAUAUUUUCUUUUCUAUUACUCACAACAUAGGAUUAAAAACUAUUAAUUGAUCAAAUUUCAGAACACUGCUUUCUGUAACUAAUUUAAACAUAUUUGCACUGGGAGAAAAUGCCCAAAACAGAAUAAAGUGCAAAAAAACACAAAAUACAAUAAAAAAUAAAAAAAGUGUGCCAAUGAUUAUGCUGCCCCGUGCUAGUGGUGGCACGCGUGCCUAUGGUUGCCAACCCCUGGUCUAUGUUUUGUAUGUUUUAACCUUGGUUCAUUUUUAUAUUGCUUUUCCCAUCACUAUGACAACACAUUAAAUGUACAAAUAUGCUCAAAGAGAUUUGCUGAGGAUAUUUCCGUUCCAUGUACGACAACAUACCCGUCAUAGUUUAAAUUGAGCUGUUUCAUUCAAACAGGGCUGGUCUUCAACCUCUUAAAAAAGAAUCAGGACUACACUCAACCACCCCUGCAUUGACACACAAUAAUACUGAUAAUGGAUAACAUCUAUGAUCAGUUUUAUAAAUAGUGCACUCUAUUUUAGGCUUUGUAUAUGGGGACCAGGCCUCUGGUGUGUCCUGAUCCACUAAACAGAAAUGCUCCCAGGUGUAAAAUCCUCAAACGUAGCUCUUUAACAAGUUGUUGUUCAUGUUAUUGUACAUAAUGUAUGUUCAUAUAUUUUUUAAUAUCAUUUUGAACUGUAAAGAUUAAAAUGAAUGAUUAAAAGGUCUUUCCUUCACCACAAACCUUUCAAAAUAUUUUGAGAAAUAUUGUUUUGAAUUACAUUUCAAUGCACAAAAUCAUACAAACCAAAAAGAGUAUGUUUUUUGUCUAUAUUCCUAUAUUGAUAUGUCUGUGUUUUUUUUUGUAAGAUUGUGUUUCAUUUAAUAAAUAGGCUUUGAGAAAUGGAGUGUGUGUUUCUAAUCAGAUAGUCAAAGCAUCAGGAAGUGAUUAAGUUAAGCUAAGUUAGUUAUCCUUUAUGAGGAAUGCAGUGGUUCGAAGGGCGGGAUAGAUCAUGGUUCCACUCCAACGAUGUGGUCUCAGGAUUUGGGGAUUUAAAUAUUUCUUGAAUGUGAAGUAAUUCGAGAUUUAACAUUGAAAUGCACAUGCUCCAUGUGAUUUAAAUGUAUUGCUAAUACCAAUCAGCCAAAAUACUAAUACUAGGUUUUACUAACAAGGAUUGGUCAAAUAAAAGUAUUUGAUCAGUUUGGAAUACAUGCUAGGUUUUUGUUCUAAAACGGAAAGGUUUAAAGUAACCCAACACCUUCACUCUCUGUCCCUGAAAACCUCAAUCAAAGCCAGAAAUCUAGGGGUUAUCAUGGAUUCAGAUUUACAUUUCGACAGUCACAUCAAAUCAGUUACAAAAUCGGCGUACUAUCACCUUAAAAAUGUAGCAAGACUUAGAGUGCUCAUGUCCACCGAAGACUUACAAAAACUUGUACAUGCCUUGAUCCCUAGUAAGCUUGAUUACUGCAAUGGUCUCCUUACAGGUCUCCCAAAACAAACUCUGAGGAAGCUUCAGCUUGUUCAGAAUGCUGCUGCUAGAGUUCUAACAAAGACCAAAAAAUUUGAACACAUUACACCAGUUCUGAAAUCGUUACAUUGGCUUCCUGUAGGUCAGAGAAUAGAUUUUAAAAUCAUGUUGCUAACCUAUAAAUCCCUACAUGGUUUAGGCCCUAAAUAUUUAACUGAUAUGCUUCCACUACAUAAGCCUUCUAGACCACUAAGAUCCUCUGAGACCAAUCUGUUAAUUAUCCCCAGAGUAAACACGAAACAUGGGAAAGCAGGAUUUAGUUACUAUGCAACAAAUAGCUGGAAUAAACUCCCAGAGGAUUUAUGACUUGCCCCAACUUUAAAGCACCUUUAAAACAAGACUGAAGACUUUUGUUUGCUUUAGCUUUCUGCUAAAUCUUAAAUACAUUGCACUUUCUAAAAAGCUUUAACUUUGCCUUUAUUUUCUAUUUUAAUAGUAAAAUGCCUUUUUAACUUUCUAUUUUACCCAUUUCUUUGCAUGUUUUCUUUUACUUAUCUUUUAUUUUAUUGUAUGACAAUGUUUAUAUGUGAAGCACUUUGAGUCUGCCUUGUGGAUGAAAAGUGCUAUAUAAAUAAAGUUGCCUUGCCUUGCCUAUUAUCAUGUUUUUAA